AUGCUCUUUGAGGGCUUGGAGCUGGUGUCCGCGCUGGCCACCCUCGCCGCGUGCUUGGUGUCGGUGACGCUGCUGCUGGCUGUGUCGCAGCAGCUGUGGCAGCUGCGCUGGGCUGCCACCCGCGACAAGAGCUGCAAGCUGCCCAUCCCCAAGGGCUCCAUGGGCUUCCCGCUCAUCGGAGAGACCGGCCACUGGCUGCUGCAGGGCUCCGGCUUCCAGUCCUCGCGGCGGGAGAAGUACGGCAACGUGUUCAAGACGCACUUGUUGGGGCGGCCGCUGAUCCGCGUGACGGGCGCCGAGAACGUGCGCAAGAUCCUCAUGGGCGAGCACCACCUGGUGAGCACCGAGUGGCCGCGCAGCACGCGCAUGCUGCUGGGCCCCAACACCGUGGCCAACUCCAUCGGCGACAUCCACCGCAACAAGCGCAAGGUGUUCUCCAAGAUCUUCAGCCACGAGGCGCUGGAGAGCUACCUGCCGAAGAUCCAGCUGGUGAUCCAGGACACGCUGCGCGCCUGGAGCAGCCACCCCGAGGCCAUCAACGUGUACCAGGAGGCCCAGAAGCUCACCUUCCGCAUGGCCAUCCGCGUCCUGCUGGGCUUCAGCAUCCCUGAGGAGGACCUCGGCCACCUCUUCGAGGUCUAUCAGCAGUUUGUGGAGAACGUCUUCUCCCUGCCCGUCGACCUGCCCUUCAGCGGCUACCGGCGGGGCAUCCAGGCACGACAGACCCUCCAGAAGGGCCUGGAAAAGGCGAUCCGGGAGAAGCUGCAGUGCACGCAGGGCAAGGACUACUCGGACGCACUGGACAUCCUCAUCGAGAGCAGCAAGGAGCACGGGAAGGAGAUGACCAUGCAGGAGCUGAAGGACGGGACCCUGGAGCUGAUCUUCGCCGCCUACGCCACCACGGCCAGCGCCAGCACGUCGCUCAUCAUGCAGCUGCUGAAGCACCCGGCCGUGCUGGAGAAGCUUCGGGAGGAGCUGCGGGCACACGGCAUCCUGCACAGCGGCGGCUGCCCCUGCGAGGGCACACUGCGCCUGGACACCCUCAGCGGCCUGCACUACCUGGACUGCGUCAUCAAGGAGGUCAUGCGCCUCUUCACGCCCAUCUCCGGCGGCUACCGCACCGUGCUGCAGACCUUCGAGCUCGACGGUUUCCAGAUCCCCAAAGGCUGGAGCGUCAUGUACAGCAUCCGGGACACUCACGACACGGCGCCCGUGUUCAAAGACGUGAACGUGUUCGACCCGGACCGCUUCGGCCAGGCGCGGAGCGAAGACAAGGACGGCCGCUUCCACUACCUCCCGUUCGGCGGCGGCGUGCGGACCUGCCUGGGCAAGCACCUGGCCAAGCUGUUCCUGAAGGUGCUGGCGGUGGAGCUGGCCAGCACCAGCCGCUUCGAGCUGGCCACGCGGACCUUCCCCCGCAUCACCCUGGUCCCCGUCCUGCACCCCGUGGACGGCCUCAGUGUCAAGUUCUUUGGCCUGGACUCGAACCAGAACAAGAUCCUGCCCGAGACGGAGGCCAUGCUCAGCGCCACGGUCUAG